AUGAGUGGAUUAAUCAGAUCAGUACUAAACGUUUUCAUUGCUAUCGAAUUUCAGAUCGAGCAUCACCUCUUCCCGACGAUGCCCAGAUGUAAUUUGAGCACAUGCAUGCUACUGGUCAAGGAGUUUUGCCGUGAAAAUAAUCUACCGUAUAUGGUGAACAACUACUUUGAAGGUUAUGCGAUGAAUUUGAAACAACUGGAGAACAUCGCUCAUCUUGCGCACUCCGAAGCAUCUUGA